UUCCCAGAGAUAAAUCUCUGAAGGGCACCGCAUCCCACCCCGCCUCAGUCGAAACAUUCUCUUCCUCAUUCAUUGUCACCCCAAUCCCACACACACACCACCUCGCUAUGGCUUCGAACCCCCCCGGACAAUGCUGCACAGUUGGCGUCAAGCAUGAAGGUGACCCCGUCGGCAAAACCGUUCAAGUCGCCGGCAAACACGAAGGCUACCUCGCGUCGCCGCCCGCGGACAAGGCGCACAAGGGCGUUGGCAUUUUGAUCAUCCCGGACGUCAUCGGCAUCUGGCAGAACAGCAAGCUCAUUGCCGAUCAGUUCGCUGCCAAUGGUUACCUAACACUCCUCCUCGACGUGUACAACGGCGACGCGCUUUCUCUCACCAACCGCCCCGCUGGGUUCAACAUCAUGGAGUGGAUCGCCAAAGGCUCGGACGGCAACAACCCCCACACUACCGAGGCCGUCGACCCAAUUGUGCUGGAUGGGAUCAAGGCACUGAAAGAGGAAUACGGGAUCCAGAAGAUCGGCGGCGUGGGAUACUGCUUCGGGGCCAAGUACGUCAUCCGGCACUACAAGGACGGUAUCGCCGUGGGCUACGUUGCCCAUCCGUCCUUUGUCGACGAGGAGGAGCUUGCGGCCGUACCAGGCCCGCUAGCCAUCUCAGCUGCUGAGACUGACAGCAUCUUUCCCACCGAGAAGCGCCACCGGUCCGAGGUGAUCCUCAAGGAGGGCGGCAAGCCAUACCAGAUUAACCUCUUCUCGCAGGUCCAGCACGGCUUCGCCGUUCGCUGUGAUCCGUCAGUCAAGGUGGAGAGGUUUGCCAAGGAGCAGGCCUUCCUGCAGGCCGUGACCUGGUUCAACGAGUAUCUGUUGUAAGCGCAGAAGUAAUAUUUAUGGCUGAUGCCGGGGUAUGUUUUGUGAUGCCACAAUUGCAACGACUGUUCAACACGCGUGAGCAAGAGCAUUCCGUCUUUUGCGGUCGGAGGGUGGCAAGAUGGACACAGUCACUCCGAGGGCAAUGCCAACCUUUCAUUCAUUGGAGGAAUGUCAACAUAAUUAUCAAGGGCUGAGAAAACUGAUUUCUUUUCCCAAUUCACGGCCAUCUAGGUGUUAAAUUGUCCGAUAAUGCUGUCCCUCAAGCGUCUACCACCUCCGACAGUGGUAGUAACGGCACCUAACUCUACUCAAGCUUUCGUCACGGGUUGCUGUAUGUCGAUGCAAAGCCUCCAGGCUACCGACCUUCAGAGGUAUCAUAUCCCAGUCAAGACUACCAAGUGACAACUGUAUCUAACAAUGAAUU